GUCCAGAACAAGUGACACGUUUCAGCCCCGUGUAAAUACUGAUAUACUGACUAAUACAAAAUCCACCUUAAAGCUAGGUAAUUCUAGACCUGUUCCUGAAGCUUCUAUAGUGUACAUCGAAAUGUAUAAAUAAUGGGUACCUUUCGGGCUUAAAACGUAAUAAGAGGGGUUGUCUUUCAUCUGUUCCUACUUCAAUUACAACAUUUAGACCAUCGAUUGCAACAUCGCAAAUAGUCUUUUCACCUACCAUAACUCCCAAAACACCAUACUUCAUAUUCACUCAGCAAUCCAAUCAUGGCACCUUUUGGCAAGAUUUACUCCUACCCAGGAAACUUCCGUGUCGAACGAGCUCAAGUCGUAGCUGCUUACAAUGGCCUCGAAGUGCCCUUAGCUGAGGACUUCAAGAUGGGUGUGGACAACAAGUCCCCCGAAUUUCUGGCCAAGUUUCCCAUGGGCAAGGUCCCUGCUCUAGAGUGUGCCGACGGCUUCUGCGUCGCCGAGGGCGGUGCCAUCUGCUACUAUCUUGCGCGUUCGGGACCCAAGAAGGAUCAACUACUCGGCACUGAUCCUAAGACCCAAGCUAAAAUCGACGAGUGGGUUUUCUUAGGCGAGACCGAGCUUAUUCAAAACGUCCUCCCGCCUACAGCCAUGGUGAUUUACAACGGGUUCCCGAAGGACAAUGAGCGCUACGACAAAUGUGUAGCGGCCACCGAGCGCGCUCUAAAGCGUAUCGAAACCGCUCUCCAAGGCGGCCAGAAGUACCUUGUCGGUGACAGCGUCACUCUUGCCGAUAUCAUGGUAGCAGGCUGUGUAUUCUUCGCCACUAAGGUCAUUAUCGACGCCGAGAUACGCAAGGAAAUUCCAAACGUCGUCGCUUGGGCGCAGCGACUAGCAGCUCUCCCCGAGUUCAAGGCCUUGGGCGAGUUUAACUUGCUGGAGACUCGCAUUAAGCCAUGAAGGACUUGUUAAGAUAGCGGGGAGCAUCUCCACUGCUACCUUAGGUUAGGAGGUACCUAUGAAGGCAAACUAUGGGCAUCACGAAAAGCUUUAGGAGGCACUAAAAUAUCAAUAAAGAUGAACUCGAGCCAAGUUCAAAGGUCUGGUAGUAUCGCAGCAUAGCAUAUCUAUGUCUAUUGCUCGGAUUAUAACUUGGGGGUGGAAGGGAUCGGUAAAUCAAGAUAGUUUCAAAUCAUCCUACGAAUGCAAUUAUUUCGGCCCAUAA